AUGUCUGAAAAAGAAAAAGAAAUCGAAUUACUUGAAAAUGUCGAACUACGUUUUGCUCUUGUUGAUUCAGAUCAACAAUUAGAAAAAUUAAUAAACCUUUUUUUAACACCUGUUCUUUUAAAACUACAAAGUCCUCAUGAAGUUGUUAGAACAAAAGUUAUGAGUGUUCUUGGUCAUAUAAAUAAACGCAUCAAAUCAAAAUCAAACAUUAAACUUCCUUUAAAUACUUUGAUAAAUAUUGUUUGUACCGAAAAUGUAACAAAUUCAAAUUUCGUUAAAAAUUUUGCCAUAAUGUAUUUAGAAAUGGCAUAUGAAAGAAUUACUGAAGAGGAACAAAUUGAUAAUCUUCUCAGUUUAAUCAAAAACAUUUCUUCGAAACCAGCCUCUCAAAAACAAGCAUUGAUUCAUAUUAUUUUACCGGUUUUAACAAAAUAUAAGCCAAAGGGAGCAGAAUCUCCAUCAUCUUUAGAUCCUUAUAAUUUCCAAUCAAAUUCUGACGAUGCUAGAUUUCUCUUAGACUCAUUUCUUAAUGUAUUGCUGUAUCAUCCAGAAUUACAAGCAAGGCAAAAAUCAUUGUUUCAACAAUCUCAAGAACAGAAUUCUGGACAACAAGAAGGAUCUCAGGACUCUUCUCAGCAAGCGGUGCAAAUACCAUCCGGUCUUAGUCCAGCUUCUGUGAAAUUUGUCACUAAUGAUUCAAAAGCACAAUGGGCAUUGAAAAUCGCAGAUUUAAAACUUAUAAAAAUAGGGAUUCUUCAAUUUGUGAAUUCUUAUGUGGUUUGGCCAGACUCUUUGCCGAAUGAUAUCCAUUUUUUAAGAUUUUUGGUCUUAUUGGUAGCAAGUUGUGAUUCUUCACAUGAAGUUGUUAGUGGUGGUGAAGAUGGUUUGAAAAAAUUGAAAAAAAUUGAUUUGGAAUCUAAAAAGGCAGCAACUUGGGAAAGUCAACAAAUACAGGCUGAUGCUUCGAAAUUAAGACCAAUUGCGCUUGUGCUUUUAUCUGGUUUAUUAAAAUUUAUUAAGGAAUUAGAUGAUAAAGAAACAUUAAGAGGGUUUGCCUAUGUGGCUGUUAGUUUGCUAGCAAAAAGAGUUCCUGAACUUUUCCGUAAAGAUUUAUCAAUCCUCCAAUCAUUUUUUGCUGCAUUAUCAACUGAAAGCAAAAAUGUCAAAAUUUCUGUUCAAGAAGCUUUGUCUAAUAUGGUAGAGGCAUUUAAAGACGUAGAAACUUGGGCAGAUACUGAUUCUAUUAAAAUGAUCGAAAAGAUUUUAGAAGAAAAUGUUGAAAAGCCUGAACAUCAAGCUAGAUACUGUGCAAUUAAAUAUUCUAUAAACCUUUUUCCAUUUGAUCAUAUUUUAUCAAGAUAUUUAUGUUUACUUGCAUCUUCAGAUGAAAAGUUGGAGGUUAAAGAAAUGGCAUCAAAUGGAUUAUCAUUCCCUGAUCCAAGGUCACCUAAACUUUAUCCAAACGAGCCUGAAAAAGAAAUAAAAAUUCCUUCAUUUAACGAUUUGGUUAAUUUGAUUUAUUCAAAAUCUAAGCAAAGAUCCAUUAAUUUAAUUGAAGUUUUACAAACGACUAGAUCAUUUGGAAAAAAAUAUAUUUUAGGUUAUCGUACCGAUGUCUACAUGAAUAUCUUAAAAUUUUUGCGAAAUUUGAUAAUAGCUAGUGCUGACCCAACUUCAAUAAUUGAUGAAUUAUCAUUUGAACUUGGUGGUGGUGAAACCACAUUAAUCAAUCCGAACACUAGAAAUUUAGUAAAGGAAUGGAUAUAUCACCAAUGGAUCAAAGAUCAGAAAUCAUCAGAAAAUAUGGACAUUGAUAAUUCACAAGCGUCUGGUAGUUUAAAUAUUUAUUUGGAAUUAGUUGAAAAAGGAUUGGAUAAUGAGGGUAUUAUAGACUCAUUGUUACAGUCUACUGCUGCAUCAUGCCUUUUGGAGCUUAUUUCACUUGGUCCAUCAUCAUUAUCUAGUUCAUAUACAUUCAUGAGUGUGAUUAAACUUGAAGUGCGUAAUGCAAUGGCUCAUGUUUUGGGUAUUGUUAGUACUAGUGAGCUUGAACAAUAUCCUGAAAGAUGUCAAGCCAUUGGUGAAUUAAUUAAAGAAUUUUUAAACACUGCAAAAGAUCAGUCGCGACAAAUAUCUAGUGAAUAUCAUCAUGGGUGUAUUAUUGCUUUAGGAUAUAUUAUUGGGCGAUUAUCUUAUCGUUAUCAAUCAAAUUUAAGUUCAAUUGUUCCACUAACUUUAAUAUUAGAAUGUUUAGAUUUUAUUUAUCAAGAUCUCGAUUCAUCCAAGCAGUUGUGGUUAAUUGGCGCAUCGUUAGCAUUAGGCGAGGCCUGUAGAUAUUUUCAUUCGACAUCUUUUGACAACAACUCCAUCAUAGAUAAAGGUAAAAGUAAGCUCGAAGAAGGUCCUGAGCGGAUUUUUGAAAAGAUUAUUGAUAAAUUGAUCAAACUUGUUAAAAAUACUAAAGAUGUAAAGUUUCAAGAAGCAGCCAUUAUGGCUCUUGGAUAUAUUGUUUUUGGAAAUAAAAUUUAUACAGAAAAAGUGUUAUCACUUUAUUAUGAUUUAGCCUAUUCACUAAAUAAACAAGUUGAAGUUCAUUUUACAAUUGGUGAAUCUAUUACUUGUAUUGCAGCGGGUUGGGAAAGUAUUGUAAUGGAAAAACAUUUGGAUAUUGCUGACGUCUUGACACCAAAAAUUGUCAUUGAGCCUGAUGUCAUGCAAAAUAUAUUAAAUAAAUUAUUCAAUGAACUGCUACCUACCGGGAAAGCCUCUGUUAAGAAAGCUAUAUGUGUUUGGAUGCUAUGUUUAGUUAAAUUUUGCUCAAAAUUUACUCAAGAAGUUGCAUCGAAAGGUAUUGGACUUGUAUAUGAAUUAGGCGAUAAAAAAGUGAAAGAGCAGCUCGUGGAUUCACUUGUUGGAAUGUUUGGUGGCAAAAGACCUAAGGAAACAAUUGAAAAUGACACACAAUUGUUUGAUGCAAAUAUUCUCGGUCAAACACCUGACGGAUCAACAAUCACGACAUAUCAAUCAAUUCUUUCCUUAGCAUCUGAUAUGAACCAACCGGAACUAGUUUACAAAUUUAUGCAAUUGGCUAGUCAUAAUGCCAUGUGGCAAUCACGUAAAGGAGCAGCAUUUGGAUUCUCGAAUAUUAUUUCACAGGCUGAGAAAGAACUGGAACCAUACUUAAAAGAUUUAGUCCCAAAACUUUACAGAUACCAAUAUGAUCCAAAUCCUAGAGAAAGUGUAAGGAUAGCAGCAUUUAAAACAUGUCGUUCUUUAACCAAGGUUACAGUAAAGUAUUGUGAUCCAGACAAUGUAUCAACUGCCGAAGGACAAAAAAUAAUGGAUAUCAUCAUGCCAUUCCUAUUGACAAAAGGAUUGGUGUCUGAUGCUGAAGAUGUUAGAACGUUUUCAUUAAAGACAAUAUUAAAAAUUUGUAAAACUGCAAAAACUUUAUUAAAAUCCCAUAUAACUGAAAUAGUUGAAAAUUUAUUAGAAGGAUUAUCUAAAUUAUUAACAAUACCAAUGUUAUUAUUGAUAGAUUACCUUAGUUUUCAUAUUGAAAAAUAUGAUGUUUCACAAGAACAGCUUGAAAAUAAGAGAUUAUCUGCUACUAAGGUAUCUCCAAUGAUGGAGGGGAUUGAAUCAUGUAUAGAUUAUAUAGAUGAAAAGGUUUUAGAGACGUUAAUUCCCAAAUUAUUACAAUUGAUUAGAAAAGGCGUUGGAUUACCAACUAAGGCUGGUUGUUCAAAAUUUGUAGUUUCAAUGUGUCUAAAACAAGCACAAAUUCUCAGACAACAUGCAGACGCCAUUAUGAGAGCGUUAAGCGGCGCAAUCUUAGAUCCAUCAUCUACAGUCAGAAAAUCUUAUGCUGUGGCAGUUGGUUAUUUAGCACAUUUAACUACUGAUAGUACUUUGAUCAAAUAUAUUGAACACGUCAAAAAAUUUUAUAUUGAAAAUAGUGAGGAUUCAAAUAGAUCCAUUACGGCUAUUUCAAUACUUGAAAUGUCAAGACAUGCUUCAGAUGAAUUAAAAAGAAUUUAUGUCGAAGUCUUACCUUUAACAUAUUACGGUAUGCAUGAUUCUGAUAAUAAUAUUAAGAAAAUUUGGGUUGACAUAUGGGAAGAAAAUACAGCAGGUUCUACUGGUGCAGUUAAAUUAUAUUUAAAAGAAAUCAUUGAACUCCUAACAGUACUAUUGGAAUCACCAUCAUGGUCAACUAAAAGACAAGCUGCAUUAACUAUUGCUGAUGUAGCCAAAACCAUAGAACAAAGUUUGUUGAUAUAUAUGGAUAAAGUACUUCCAUUAUUAAUAACUGGAUUAUCGGGUAGAACUUGGGUAGGCAAAGAAGCAUUAGUUGAAGCAUUAACUACAGCUUCCGUUUCGUGUAAAGAAUAUUUUAAAAAUAAUGAAAAUCUUCCCAAGUUAAAUGAAAUUGCUAAAAACAAUAAGGAAUAUAAAAGACAUUGUAUUUCAUUAUUAGGGAAAUUUUCCUUUUGUUUUACUGAUACAAUUGAUUUAUAUCCCGAAGUUAAAGAUUUUUUGAUUGAGUUGAUGACUGGUGAAUUAGAUCCAGAUGAAAUGGAUGUGGAUGAUACAAAAGAAAAACCAUUAUUUUUUUUGAUAAAAGCAAAUUCUGCUCUAUGUAUUGGUAUGGCCUGGUCUAGCAAAAGAGAUAUCCAAGUAAAAUAUUCAAAAGAAUUAGGCACAUCAUUAGGAAACUCGUUAUUAUCAGGAAAAAACGUAUGGAACGUAAGACUUAACUUAUUAGAGUCGCUUGAAAAAUAUAUUGAUAGGCUGGAUAUUAAAUCAAUGGAAAUUGAUGAAAACGAUAAGAUUGAAAAAAUAUUGGACGAAGAGACUUUAAUUAGCAUUUUUAAAGGUUUGAAGGACAGUUUAUCAGACCUUAAAUAUGUUGCAAUACGUACAAAAAGUCUAGAGGUUUUGAAAAAAAUAUUAGAAAGAAUUAAGGAAACAUCUUUAAUAAAUUCAUUAAAUAUUAAAAAUGAAUUAAAAGAAUUGAUUUUAAUCGUCGAAAAAGAUCCUCAACCAAGUAUUUCAGAAUUAGCUAAAGAUUUAAAGAAAAUUAUUUAA